ACAAAAAGGGAUUGUGGGGGAAACAAACAGCAGAACUCUGCACCGAGACUUGUACUCAGGACCUGCAGCUUUUUGCUUUUUCAUUAGGUCUUUUCGAAGUCAAGAGAACCGCAGACAUGUCAGUCAGAUAUUUUGAAAUUCUGAAGGAAAGCGGUCAUAAGGGGAACUACAUCCCAUCAGGCCGACAGCUCCCCAGGACUCCUCCCCUGACAGAUGUAAAGAGACACCUGGAUUUUGGUAAUGACGAUCCAAAGGGGGACCGCGAGGAACCACGGCAGAACACGGAGGCAGGUACCAGAGAUCAAGAUAACGAUGUCCAGAACGGGACGUUUGAUUUCAAUACUCCAGAACCAAAAACAGAAAACACUUUGGAAACUGAUAACCCUAAUUCCAUGCUGAAAGGGAUGAAGGGAUAUCAGCUGACAGCAGGUGACUUGGAGUUUAUUAAAAAUAUGAAUGAAGAAAAAGUUAUUAAAAAACUGCAGGGAGACCUGGAAGAGGUGCAGAGGCUAUGGAAAAAGGAAACGAUGGCCUUGGAGCUAGCGUGUGCUUCCAGGGAGAAAGCACAGGCUGAACUCAACAAGUUCCCAUCCUUCGAAGAGCUCACCGAGUGGACGCAGGCGGUCCUCAAAAUGACAUCGCCGUUGACCGAGUUGACAGGCCUAGACACCAAGUCUCUCCUGGCCAUGGUAACGAUAGAAAGCAUCCAGAAAGCCACGGACGAGAAGAGGCUUGAACUCGCUCGCAUGGGGAAGGCGGUGGAAAUCAAGAGGAAGAAAGAGGCUAAAGAGAGAGGUCAGCUUGAAAAACAAAUUGCCACUGAACAGCUGAAUAUACAGGGGUUGAUGAAACAGUUAUCUGACCUGACAUCUGAACUUAAACAAGAGGAGGAAGCCUAUAAAGCUCUUCAGAUGCAGAUCAAGACUCGAGAAGAAAUCAAAGUGGAAGCUGAAGUAGAAGAUACCUCUGAGGAACUACAAGCAGCCAAAAGCCAGGUGAAACGUCAUGGAAAGGAAAGAAAAAAGACUGUUAAAUCUACGGAAAAGUUGCAAGACACUACAAACCAAAGUAAAUCAAUACGGAGUAAACGCACAGACAGUAAAAAAGCCAGUCAGACCAGUGUGGAAGAUGAACAUGCAAAUAAGAACAACAGUGAAACUUUGAAGACCUCAACAACUAAGCAAACAAAACAGAAGUCGGAAGCUGUGACGGAAAAGCUGACAAAGUCAGUUAAAGCAGCCACAGGGCCACAGAAGAAAGUCGAGGAGCAAGAGUCUAAUUCAAAAGAGUCUUUGCAAGCUGUGAAAGAGAGGAGGAAGCCUCCUGGGACCACACAGACCACAGCUUCACAACCGAAAAAUCAAACCAAAAUGAAAACUGGGGAAGCUCAGUCCACGUCACAGCAGGCCACUCCCUCACGCAGCAGAAGGAAAGCUGCUGUGGCUCCAAAUGAUGCUGGAGAGGAGGCACAAAACACUGGUCUGAGAAGAUCCAAGAGGAUAGCAAGCAGGAGGUGAAGGUGUUUGGCAGCUCCACAGGCCUGGUUUGGCUCAAAGACACCAGGCAUGACUCUGGGGAUGGCAGUGAUGGCUGGCCCACCACUUUGGUCCAGACUGAAAUAUCUCAAUUGAAUGGAUAGCCAUGAAAUUUUUUGCACAAACAUCAGUGGUUUUUAUUGGAUGAAUCCUUACAAGUUUGGGGAUCCAGACUUUUCCUCCGUCAACACCAUGAGGUUAAAAUCUAUGGUUGGUCCUCUUUUACUUUUCAUCUAGCCCCUUCCUCAGGUCAAUUUGUCCAGUACUCUGCUUUAUGACCAAAUACCUGCAAAACAGAUGACAUUCCCAUCAAUCACAUCACUGAGUGCUGAUUGGGAGCUAUUAGCAUGCUAACACGCUAAACUAAGGUGUCAUUGUGAGUAUGUUGUCAUGCUAGUUUUUUUUUUUUUUUUUUUUUU